AUGAAACUGAGAUCUGACUCGCUUAACAGUCUUAAAAAUGUUCAAGAGGUUGGUCAGAGUGAUUUGAGUCAUACAGGACAACCUGUUAUAUUACCGUCAUCGUUUACUGGUGGUUCUCGCUACAUGAUGCAAAACUACUUGGAUGCUAUGGCGUUAUGUCGGACGUAUGGGUAUCCUGAUUUCUUUAUCACAAUCACAUGUAAUCCGAAAUGGCCUGAAAUUGUAAGAUUUAUUGGUGACUCAUCAAUUAAGCCAGAAGACAGACCUGACAUACUUUGUCGAUUGUUUAAGAUGAAACUUGAUGAAUUGAUAAAAGAUUUGAAGCAAAAGAAAAUAUUUGGCGAUAUUAAUGCAGUUGUUUACACAGUUGAGUUUCAAAAGCGUGGUUUGCCACAUGCGCAUAUUUGCUUAUUUAUGAAAGCUGAUCAUAAGCUUCCUACGGUUGAACACAUCGAUCCCUUUAUCUCAGCUGAAAUUCCUGAUAAAAACGAGGAUCCUGAAUUGUAUUCUCUUGUGAGUGACUUUAUGAUUCAUGGUCCUUGCGGACAUGCCAACAUGAAAUGUCCAUGCAUGGUUGGGAACCGUUGUUCUAAGAAUUUUCCAAAGAAGUUUUUGGAAUCCACUUCCAUUGAUUCUGAUGGAUUUCCCGUUUAUAGGAGAAGAGAUUCUGGUCACACGGUUAUGAAGAAGGGUGUUACUUUGGACAAUAGGAGUGUAGUUCCAUACAACAAAAAGCUUCUUAAAAGGUAUCAGGCGCACAUCAACGUGGAGUGGUGCAAUCAGGCUGGUUCAAUUAAGUAUUUGUUUAAAUACAUUAAUAAAGGACCUAAUCGAGCCACUGUUGCUGUUUUUGAUUCAGACAGAGGUCCAAAUGAGGAGAUCCCAAAAGAUGAAAUUAAAGAAUAUUACGAAGCUAGAUAUGUUUCCGCAUGUGAAGCCAGCUGGAGAAUAUUUGCCAAUGAUGUUCAUUAUAGGUAUCCUUCUGUUAUGAGAUUACCCUUUCAUCUUCUAGGACAACAAAAUGUUGUAUUUAAUUGUGACGACGAUAUUGAGGAUGUCCUAAACAAACCUCAAGUAAAUUCCUCUAUUUUCUUAGAAUGGAUGAAGAUGAACAAUUCUAAGCCUGAAGCAAGAGAACUUACUUAUGUUGAGUUUCCUUCAAAAUAUGUGUGGAAGUUAAAAGAUCGUUGCUGGCAGCCACGCCAAAAUUAUGUUGUUAUUGGGAGAAUUUAUUCUGCGUCUCCUUCUCUUGGUGAGGCUUAUUAUCUAAGAAUUCUUCUUACUAAGGUUAAAGGACCACGAUCAUUUGAAGAAAUCAGAACAUAUGAUGGUGUUGUUUAUCCUACUUUUAGGAAUGCGUGUUAUGCACGUGGCCUGUUAGAUGAUGACAAUGAAUAUAUCGAGUGUAUUAAAGAAUCCAGUUUCACUGGAAAUGGUCAUUAUCUUCGUUCUUUGUUUGGAACACUACUUUUGUCUAAUACGCUUUCAAGACCUGAAGUUGUUUGGGAGAAAACGUGGGAGCUAUUGUCCGAGGACAUUUUAUACAAUAUGCGGAAAGAUACUGGCAUGAGCGGAUUCGUUGUUUCUGGCGAACGUUUAAAGAAUAUAACGUUGUCCAAAAUCGAAAACUUUCUUCUUCGUAAUGGAUCCAGCUUGCACAGGUUCCCACCAAUGCCUUAUCCUGAUGAUGACUAUCUAAUGUCCGAGAGCAACCGUCUGAUAUAUGAGGAGCCUUCUUUUGACACGGAUGAACUUAGGGCUGAGUUCAAUAAUCUUCACAGCUCUCUAAAGAUGAUCAAAGAGCAGUGUGCUUCCAUUAGAUGCAAUGGACAGAUUGUUAUUAAUGUUGCUUCAAGUGGUAUUGCAUCUUUGUUAUUAUCACGAGGUCGUACUGCUCACUCACGAUUUCAUGUUCCAAUUAAUCUCAAUGAAGAUUCGGUAUGCCAUAUCAAGCCUAAUACUGAAGUCGCUAAUCUUCUAAACGAAGCCAAGUUAAUUAUUUGGGAUGAGGCACCGAUGGUACACAAACAUGCUUUCGAGGCUCUUGAUCGUACAAUGAAGGAUGUUUUGAGUGUGUUUGAUUUAAGAAAUUCAGAACUUCCAUUUGGUGGAAAAGCUAUUGUCUUUGGUUGUGACUUUAGACAAAUCCAACCUGUUGUACAAAAUGGAAGCAGCUCCUCAAACAUAGAGGAGAUAAAUGAAUUUGGUAAAUGGCUUCUAGAGAUCGGCGAAGGCAAUGUUGGUGAUUGUAACGAUGGUGAUGCAAAUAUUGAAAUACAUGAUCAUCUUUUAAUAACUGAUGAAAAUGAUUCAAUUCAAGCUAUACUUGCUCCUAAGAAUGAAGUUGUUCAUGAGAUAAAUGAUCGUUUGCUUGCGUUGUUUCCCGGUCAAGAAGUAGAGUAUCUUAGCUCUGAUAGUUUAUGUCCAACUGAGGAAAUUAAUGAUCCGUUACAUCAAGAUUUAUAUAAUCCAGAUGUGUUAAACAAUGUGAAAGUAUCAGGAUUACCAAAUCAUAGAUUGGUAUUAAAAUUGGGCAUUCCGAUUAUGCUUUUGAGGAAUAUUGAUCAGCAAAACGGUCUGUGCAAUGGUACGCGUCUUCAAAUCACACGUCUUGGUAAACGUGUUAUCGAGGCUGAGAUAUUAUCAGGAAGUAAUGUUGGUUCAAGAACUUACAUCCCAAGAAUUAGCAUGAUACCAUCUGACAAGAAAAUGCCCUUCACGUUUCAACGAAGGCAGUUUCCAAUAACACUUUAUGUUGCUUUGUCGAGAGUAAAGACUAAAGAUGGCGUUAAGGUUUUAAUAUUCGACAAAGAUGGGAGGCCAACAAAUAAAACUGCAAACGUUGUUUACAAAGAAAUAUUUAGGAAAAUGUAG